AUGUCUGAGUUCAUUCAUGCUGUGAAGUCCAUCACUUCACAAAAUGGGCCAGAGUCAAAUGUGCCUGAAAUAUAUCCAGAGUUUUCCAAUGAGGCACACUCUGUUAAGCGACCAUCUCAAGAAUACCACCCAGAAAAUGUUGCUGGACACUCCAACUAUUAUGUCCCAGCAUAUGACGAAGAAGAAGUCACAGUUAAGGAAUGGUUGGAACAUGUGUUUGCCCACCCACUUCAGUUUAUCAAACACUAUUUGAUUUCGCUUUUCCCUAUUGCUCAGUGGAUCUUGCAUUACAAUUACAAAUGGCUAUACGGUGACUUGGUUGCCGGUAUCACUGUUGGUGUUGUGUUGGUUCCACAAUCAAUGUCGUAUGCUCAGUUGGCUGGUUUAGAACCACAAUAUGGUUUAUACUCUUCGUUUGUUGGUGUGUUUAUAUACUCCUUUUUUGCCACCAGUAAAGAUGUUUCCAUUGGUCCUGUUGCCGUUAUGUCUAUGCAAGUUGGUAAAGUUAUUGCUCAUGUGCAAAGUAAAUUUGGUGAUCAAUAUGCAGCACCUGAAAUUGCCACAUUCUUGGCUUUGAUUUGUGGUGGUAUUGCCACCGGUAUUGGUCUUUUGAGAUUGGGUUUCAUCUUGGAGUUCAUCUCCAUUCCAGCUGUUAUGGGAUUCAUGACCGGUUCUGCCUUCAACAUUAUUGCUGGUCAGGUGCCUGCGUUGAUGGGAUACAAUAGUUUGGUCAACACAAGAGACUCGACUUAUAUGGUGAUUAUCAACACAUUGAAGAAUUUGCCACACUCUACUGUUGAUGCCGCAUUUGGCUUGGUCUGUUUGUUUAUCUUGUAUGUUUGGAAAUUCGGUACUGAUUGGGCACAAAAGAGAUGGCCAAGGUACAAGAUGUGGUUCUUUUAUUUCCAACAGUUGAGAAACGCCGUGGUGAUUAUUGUUGCCACUGCAAUCACAUGGGGUAUUGUGCAUCCUGAAAAAAUUGCUUACAAGGGCGACAUUAAAAAUUUCAAAGGUUCCAUCAAGACUAUUGGUGAGGUUCCUAGUGGGUUGAGACACGUUGGUGUUAUGACCAUUCCUGAUGGUAUUGUUGGUGCUAUGGCAUCUGAGAUUCCUGUCUCGACUGUUAUCUUGUUAUUGGAGCAUAUUGCCAUUUCGAAAUCUUUCGGAAGAGUCAACGACUAUAAGGUUGUUCCUGAUCAAGAAGUUAUUGCCAUUGGUGUUAAUAACUUGAUUGGUACUUUUUUCAAUGCUUACCCAGCCACUGGUUCCUUUUCCAGAUCCGCUUUGAAAGCCAAGUGUGGUGUAAGAACCCCAUUGGCUGGUAUCUUUACUGGUGCUGUUGUGUUGUUGGCUUUGUACGCAUUCACUUCAAGUUUUUUCUACAUUCCAAAAGCUGUUUUGUCUGCUGUGAUUAUCCACGCGGUGUCUGAUCUUUUGGCCAACUACAAGGUCACGUGGUCUUUUUGGAGAAUUAGUCCACUCGACUGUGGAAUCUUUUUGAUUGCUGUGAUUUUAACUGUGUUUGUUACCAUUGAGGCAGGUAUCUACUUUGCCAUUGCUGCAUCCCUUGUGGUUUUGUUAUGGAGAAUUGCUUUGCCAACUGGUUUAUUUUUGGGUAAAGUGCAAGUUGCCGAAGUUGUUAACCCAGUUAUCGAACAAGCUGCAUUAUCAGAGUAUGAGCAAUCAUCCGAAAACUCUUCAGACAUUGAGAUUCACCAAGUCUUGUCUGGAAACUCAAACUAUAGAUCCACCGAUGAAAAGAAGAAUAAGGAGAAUGGAGCCUUUAACGCACAAACACAGGAUAAGACUUCUACAUUUGCAUUGCAAAAGACCAACCCACAUAUCAAGUUCCAUACCCGUUGGGUUCCAUUGAACAAGAAAAACAUCAACAAACACAUCAACAUCACACCACCCCCACCUGGUGUCCUUGUUUACAAACCACUUGAAUCAUUUACAUAUCCUAAUGCCUCGCGACAAAUUGAUAUUGUUUCCGAUGAAGCAAAGAGACUUACAAAGAGGGCAAAGCCAUACAGCAGUAACGAUACUGGAUCAAGACCAUGGAAUGAUCCAGGUCCAUUGAAAUGGAACUUGCCAUUCUUGAGGAAAUACAAUGUUCCAGAGAAGCAUGAAUCAGACACUCGUCCAGUUUUGAGGAUUGUGCACUUUGACUUUUCCACUGUGUCACAAAUCGAUGUCACAUCUAUCCAGGCAUUGGUUGAUUUAAGGAAAGCAUUGAAUGCAUAUGCUGAUCGCGAAGUUGAGUUUCAUUUUUCAGGAAUCUUGAGUCCUUGGAUCCGUCGUGGGUUGUUGAAUGCUGGAUUUGGAACAUACGAGGAUGGCUUGACAUCAAGUAAUAAUUAUGUUGGAAUUGCUGCAGGAUACGAAGAUUUGGAAGAAGGUAUCGAUGAACAGUACCUUGCAGCUGUUGGUACAAACACACCGUUUUUCCAUUUGGACAUUCCAGACUAUCAAUAA